AGCCGCAUUAAAAAUCGAUUCGAAACUCGAAAACGAGAUACAAAUAUAAAAAUGUCGCCGAGCUUUCGUCGCUACAAAUUUAAAAGGAAUAUAUUGCCGGCAUCAAUUUCAAUCUAAACACUAAUAAAUUGGCAUCUCUCAGCGAAGUAAGAGCCACUGUGCUAGACAGUUUAUUAAUAGCGAGCAUAUUUUGUAAAUCUCUGGCUGUGAUCAACCCUCGGCUGAAUUCAGUGUGUGCGGUGUCGCGGUGCGCGCCACCCGAAAAAAACAUAGUGUCAAAGUUAUCUGUCACGUUUUGGCGCGCAAUUCGAGUUCGUGAUUUCUGUUUUUUGUGGUUUAGAUAUAGUGUGUGCUAGAUUUUGUGAUGAAAAUGUGAAAAUUGAUAUGAUGAUAGUUAAUUGUUAUUAUCAUACUAGAUAACUUCAUAAUAAUUAAUCAUCGAUAUUGCUCAAAUACAAAGACAGUAAUAAGUUUUAAGAAUACAUAAUAACUUAAAUAUUAAGUUAACAUAAAUGACUGAAACAUUACAAAUAGUUCCUAAAAUAAUCUUCCUAAACCGAAAACCCCAGCCAAAGACUAGAAAUUAUACUUCUUAAAAGUUCCUAAACCAUAAAAAUGAGUUACAACUCAAUUUACGAUAGCUACAACAACAAUAACUACAAAGAAUUCGACUUUCACAAAGAAGAAAAAGAUUUGAGCGACCAGUGUUGCCAGGUGAAAAAUGAGAAUAAAAACGGGGAAAUUUUAGAAGAUAAAGAGGAAAGUCAUGUUCAGCAUGUAUUGGGACCAAGUAGAAGAUGUUUGGCUUGGGCCUGUAAAGCUUGCAAGCGAAAAACGGCGGCAGUUGACCGGCGGAAAGCGGCAACACUGCGGGAGCGACGGCGGUUAAGAAAAGUCAACGCUGCCUUUGAAGAGUUGAGGAUCAGAGCGCGCGCCGGCAGCGGGCGACUGCCCAAGUUGGAGAUACUGAGAGCAGCCAUACAGCAUAUAGAACGACUUCAGGCCGCGUUGAGAGCGGCUGCCGUGUUGGAGUCUGAAAGCUGCAAGAGCUACAUGGAGUCAGCUGUGACCUCACAACGUCCCUACGACACAAGAGAGACAAAGACAGAGAAAGAAAUACCUUUUUUAAACAACGACACAUCUUCCUGUGGAGUGAACAGUUUAGCCCGAUUGCGAUGUAUUGUGCAAGCGUUAGCUAGCAAUGGGAAAGAUACGCCAUGACACUAUUAUUAUCUUAUUCAGGAACAUAAUAACAC